AUGUCCGACGAACCAGUGGCGACAGAAACGCACCCAGAGGAUGUUCCCCACUUUGAUGGGCUAUUCAAAGCUCUACGGCUUUAUCGAAACAAUCAAAUACAAGCCUGUGAGGAAGAAUGCACAAAACUCCUCAGAAAAAAUCCGCUUGAUCAAGCCGCAUGGGCGUUGAAGCUUUCGUGUUUGACUGAUCCUGUGUAUGUGGACGAAUUGGAUAAUGAUGAACUCGGCAUUGCUGAGACGUUUCUCGAUCAGAAUGUCAUCGCACCGAAUGCUCGUCCUGGUACAUCGUUUCAAAGACCCUCGACAACUGCGAAAGGGAUGAAUCCGAUUUUGAGGCCUACAUCAACAGCAGGACGACCAUUGUCUGGUGUUGUACGGCCAAUUACGUCGCUACGUCCAGGUACAAUGGAGCAGGCGGUUCGAACCAGCCGAACAGCCCGUACUGCACGUGCGGUCAGCAGCAGUUCUGCCAGACAACUUCGACUCGGCACGGCAUCUAUGGCUUCUGAUCCAGAAGGGCCGUUUGUCAAUUUGUCUCGCCUGAACGUCGACAAGUACGCAGCUGAUCCUUUGGUGAAUCGCCAACUGUUUGAAUACGUAUUCUAUCACGAAGGAGACAUGAAAAUUGCCCAUCAGAUUGCUUCCGUUGCAACAAAAGCUGCCAAUUAUGAGGAUUGGUAUUGGAAAAAUCAGCUCGGCAAGUGUUAUAUGAGGCUUGGUCUACAUCAAGAGGCUGAGAAACAGUUUUUAUCAUCGUUGAAGAAUCACCGUUUGCCUGAAACUCAUGCUUACCUAGCUAAGGUGUACAAUCGCCUCGAUCAACCGCUUGUGGCGAAUAAAUACUAUGAACAGGGUCUCAUGCUCUAUCAGGAUGAUGUCACUUUACUGACCGGAUUAGCAAGGAAUAAAGAGCUACUCGGCGAAUUGGGCGAGUCCAACGAGUGCUACAAAAGGAUUCUCAGCGUACAGGCAAACAAUAUCGAAGCUAUUGCAUGCAUUGCAACUAAUUGCUUCUAUGAUGACAAGCCAGAAAUCGCUCUUCGAUACUAUCGAAGGAUUAUGCAAAUGGGAGUUAACAGCGCAGAGCUGAUGAUGAACAUCGGAUUGUGCUGCUUUGCCUGUCAACAAUUCGACUUUGCUCUUUCAUCGAUGCAAAGAGCUCAUUCAACGGCCACAGAAGAGGUUGCAGGAGAAAUAUGGUACAAUACAGGACACAUAAUGCUGGCUAUCGGCGACAGACGACAGGCUAGUCGUUGCUUUCGAUUGGCACUUGCAUCUGAUUCCGAACAUGGUGAAGCAAUGGUAAAUCUGGGGAUUCUCCGGCAAAUGGAAGGAAAACUCGACCAAGCUCGAUCUCUGUACCACUCGGCUAUAGCAAAAUCGCCACAACUUUUUGAGCCUCAUUUCAAUCUGGCUUUAUUGAAUACUCAGACUGGUCGCUACGAUGAAGCUUUCCGUAUGAUCAAAGUUGCGCUGUCACUGUUUCCGACUCACAGUCAUUCACUACAACUCUACAGUAGCUUACAACAGCUCUAUACGAUUAUUUAA